AUGGAUCUAAUUAUCUGUGUUUUGGGGCUGCUGGCGCUGAUCGUGGAGAGCAUCCGUUGCCAAGGAGUGUACGCACCUCCGACUGUCCGCAUUAUACACUCAGGGCAUGCCUGUAACGUUGAGGAGGAGAGGCACACGGAGAGAGUCUACACCAUCAGAGAGGGAGAGACCCUGGAGCUCACCUGUCUGGUGACGGGGCAUCCUCGGCCACAGAUUCGAUGGACCAAGACAGCCGGCAGUGUGUCGGACCGCUUCCAGGACUCCAGUGUGUUCAAUGAAACACUGCACAUCGCAAAGAUCCUGAGGACCCAGGGAGGUCGCUACUACUGCAAGGCUGAGAACGGCCUUGGCUCGCCAGCCAUCAAGUCCAUCAGGGUGGACGUGUACUACCUUGAUGACCCGGUGGUGACGGUGCACCAGAGUAUAGGAGAAGCUAAGGAACAGUUCUACUAUGAGAGGACUGUGUUCCUGCGUUGCGUGGCCAAUUCGAACCCGCCUGUCCGCUAUAGCUGGCACCGUGGGAGAGAGGUCCUGACGCAGGGCUCAGACAAGGGCGUGGAGAUCUACGAGCCGUUUUUCACACAGGGGGAAACAAAGAUUUUGAAGCUGAAGAACCUGCGUCCUCAGGACUACGCAAACUACAGCUGCAUCGCCUCUGUCAGAAACGUGUGUGGGAUCCCUGACCGCAGUGUUAUCUUCAGACUCACCAACAAGACAGCCUCCCCAUCCAUCAAGCUGCUGGUGGAGGAUCCAAUUGUGGUGAAUCCCGGCCAGACGGUAUCGCUGGUGUGCAUCACCACAGGUGGGGAGCCUCCCCCCAUCCUCACCUGGGUCAGCAGCAACGACAGCCUGCCACAGAGGAGCGUGGUGAAGGGGGGCACGCUCACGCUACCGGCCAUCACCUCAGACGAGGCGGGGGUCUACAGCUGCGUGGCCAGCAACAACGUGGGAAACCCGGCCAAGAAGUCCACCACUAUUGUGGUGCGAGCUUUGAAAAAGGGCCGAUUCUGGAUCACUCCUGACCCCUACCACAAUGACGACAACAUCCAGAUUGGACGUGAAGUCAAGAUAUCUUGUCAGGUGGAGGCAACGCCACCAGAGGAGCUGACGUUUAGCUGGCUGAAGAACGGCCGUGCCCUGCGGAGCUCAGAGCGUAUGGUCAUCACCCAGACGGACCCUGACAUCUCCCCCGGGACCACUAACCUGGACAUCAUAGACCUCAAGUUCACCGACUUUGGCACGUACACCUGCGUGGCCGCGCUGAAGGGAGGAGGCAUCCCUGAGAUCAGCAUUGAUGUCAACAUCUCGUCCACAACUGUUCCCCCCAACCUGACAGUCCCCCGGGGCAAGUCCCCCCUGGUGGCCCGCGAGGGUGACACAGUGGAGCUGGAGUGCCUUGUUUCAGGGAAGCCCAAGCCCAUCAUCCUGUGGUCGCGAGCCGAUAAGGAGGCGCCCAUGCCGGAUGGCAGCAUGCAGAUGGAGAGCUACGAUGGUGUGCUGCGUAUUGUUAAUGUGUCCAGGGAGAUGACGGGCUCAUACCGCUGCCAGACCAGCCAGUAUAAUGGGUUCAACGUAAAGCCCCGGGAGGCCGUGGUGGAGCUCAUCGUACAAUACCCUCCAACGGUGGAACCGGUUUACAUGGAGAUGCGUCAGGGCCUGGGGAGACCUGUGGUGAUGACCUGCAGAGUUCUGCGAGCCCAUCCCUCCCGCGUGCUGCGAUUCGAGUGGCUUCUAUCAAACCGACUGCUCCACGCCGGAGCCUUUGACGCCCAAAGAGACGAGACAGAGUACACGAUCCGCAGCCUGAAUCGGGACGGCUGGGGGGAGUACACCUGUAAUGUCAUCAACGAGGCUGGAGCGGGCAAAUGCACCUUCCAGGUUACAGGAAAGGCCUACGCCCCAGAGUUCUACUAUGAUACCUACAGCCCACUGUGGCAGAACAGACCCAGGGUCUACGGCUUCAAGCUCCAGUGGACCCAGAUGAAUCCCAAUGCUGUGGACCGCAUUGUUGCCUACAGACUGGGCAUCAGACAGAUGGGGUUGCAGCGCUGGUGGGAACAAGAGAUACCUGUGGAUGGAACAAUCAACAAAGGAGAGCUCAUGACGCACAACCUGACUGAGCUGAUAAAGCCUGAAUCCUACGAGGUCCGACUCACCCCCAUCACACGUUUCGGAGAGGGUGACUCCACCAUCCGUAUUGUCACCUACAGUGCUCCCAUCAACCCUCAUCUGAGAGAGUUCCACUGCAGCUUUGAGGAAGAGCCCAUCUGCAUGUUCACCCAGGACAAGAAUGAUGAUUUUGAUUGGACGCGGCACAGUGCUGCUACCCGCGACACCAAGUAUACACCCAACACUGGGCCUAGUGGUGAUCGCAGUGGCUCCAAGCAAGGUUUCUACAUGUACAUCGAGACAUCGAGACCACGGAAGGAAGGGGACCAGGCGCGGCUCGUGAGUCCGUUUUUCAACGUAGCACCUAAAAACCCUUACGGUAUCACCAACCCACCUGCCUACUGCUUCGGCUUCUUCUACCACAUGUAUGGAAAACACAUAGGAACACUGAACGCCUUCCUAAAGCAGAAGGGCCAAACGACCUCAGAGGGUCCGGUGUGGUCUCUAAGUGGUAACCAAGGUGACCGCUGGAAGCAGGCCAAAGUAAGCAUCCAUCCGACAGCGUCCUUCCAGGUGGUACUGGAAGGUAUCCGGGGACCAGGCAUUGAGGGAGACAUCGCCAUCGAUGACGUCACGCUGGAGGAAGGGGAAUGUCGAGACCCACCGCCCAAUCUUAGCGCCAAGGCUCCGUCUACAUCCUCCCAUAUAUGGCUGCUAUGCAUCACCUUGGUGAUGACCCUCAUAGAAGGUCAGAGGUGA